UGUAAAAGGCCAAUAAAGUGAAUGAGGUGUACCUUUGAGUGGACAUUAAGAUUAGUUAUCUUACACUUCCGUGGCUAGAGGCGUCAUUUUUGUCUUCCACUAGACCGUUUUUCUAGACCAGAACAAGAACUGUCAUUAUGUUUCAACUUAACUAGUUAUCAGAGGAAGUUGGCGGCUAUCACGUAUGUGGGCAGGGUGUGUCACCUCGGAGUGGCCUGGGAGGAGACAGGUGUGAAUGAUGUGUUAAUGUUCAGAGAGUCGUCACUCCCUCUUGCAUUCCAGCUCCACUCAGAUCACAAACAUGCCACACAGCCCCAAGCCUCAGUAAAGUCUUCCAGCAUCACUUCCUGUCACCGCACAGAGAAACUGGAACAGCGGACAGAUUUGCAUCGCACUCACAUGGUGUACAACCACCAGGACUGGAUAAAGCUAGGGUUUGUUCUGGUCUGUAAUUCCUGGAUUCCUUUAGCAUUGUGGAUAUGGGAGGCAGAGAGGAGGUAACGCUGGACACACUCGUUUCCACCAUGCCGUUUACACGCACCAGGUUGAACCAUUUCAGGCUCCGUCCUCCCCAAAGCCUGGCGAGGAACAAGCGUGUGAAACCAUCCUUCAACAAGAAAAAAGCCAGAAAUCCCAGCCCCACCGAGAUGAGCGUGGAGCCCUGGGCCAGCCCGCAGGACCAGGCAGCCGCUGAGGAAGAACACAGCACGCACACGGCAUCCUCCCAAGAUCAGGAGCAGCACCCUGACAAACUCUGCCUGGACUCGUUCUGGAGUGAGGUGGAGACCAUCCGACAGGGGAGUGGCUAUACAGAUCUCGACUGCAGCAGGAGAGACUCCAGGCAGUCAGAAGAAGGUGAACAGGAGGAGCAGUGGUUGGCUGAUGCUGGUUUGUCGAACCUCAUCAGUGAGGACAGCGAGGAUGUAGACAACGUGGUGCUGCUGUCGACACUGACCCGGACCCAGGCCGAGGCCGUGCAGCGUCGACUGAAUUCCUACACGCUGUCCCUCCGCAAGAGGAACAAACCGCGCGACGUCCGCGACGUCUUCAACUCCCCCAUCGCUCAGAACCUUUUGCCUGAGUCCCAGCAUAGUGAAGAACUUGCCCAAAACAGCAUGGCAUCGGUCGCCAAAACACCACUAUCAGGGUGUGUUUCCCACUCAGCUGUGACGCCAGAGCAUCAGCGAGGUGCUCCAAAAGAGGAGUUCUUCAUCACCGAUGUGGCUUACUGCGAACAGGCUGUCAUCUUCCUCAAACAGGCCAAACUGCCGCAGAACAACAGUCAACGCAGAAAAGAGGAUGGCACCCUGCCACGGGUGAUCUGCCCAAAGUGCCGUCUAGGAGUGACUCAUAUUCAAGAUCUCUCCCACGCUGACAUGAAGAAGGUGCGUCAGUUGGCUCUCAUUGACAUGACGGCGCUCUGUGACCUCUUAGAGCUGGAGGUCAAAAGGCACAAAACCGGCAAGAGAAAAAUCCCAGAGAGCACGCUGUUCGGGGUGCCGUUGGCCACGCUGAUGGAGAGUGAUCAGAAAAUUAAGGCCAACACCUCGACUCCUCUCUUCAUGCAGGCAUUGUUGUCGUUUUUAGAGAAGAAAGGAGUCGAUUCGGAGGGGAUCCUGCGGGUUCCAGGAUCUCAGUCCAGAAUCAAGCUGCUGCAGCAGAACUUGGAGACCAACUUCUACUCAGGGCAGGUCAGCUGGGAUGAGGUGAGUCCAAACGACGCUGCUGCUCUGCUCAAGAAGUUCAUCCGGGAACUGCCCGCUCCUCUGCUCACCGCCGAGUACCUCAACACCUUCAGCGCCGUCAGAGGUGAGCACUGCCUAGAUCCCGACACACACCUUCUGGAUUUGUACAACAGUAACCAUGGAGGAGAGUGGGUCAUCAAACUGAAACCCAACGCCAGCAGAGGGCUGUGAAGGAUGGACAGAAAGAUCAGGGAACAGCUUGCUCAAAAAGGACAAAAGCAAGAGCCUAAAAAAAGAUAGAAUCCAUGGAGCCCUCUCGUCCUUCUUGUCCCUUUUAUCCUUGGAGCAACAAGCGAAAGGGAGACAGAUGGACAGAUGGAGAAAGCAGAAACAGAUAGAUGGAAAAUCUGCCAGGAGCAGAGCCUAAAAACUGUAUGAUCAGAUGGACACACAUUGCCCUCUUUCUCUUUCUCUCUCUCUCUCUCCAUCUUCCUCUUCUUUUUCUCUCCAUCAUUCCUCUCCUGUGUUUUACCGCGGGGCAGCGACACUGCAAGCUAAAAGCUGCUGACGUGACUCAUUACUUUCGACAGAGAACCUGCUGCAUAUAAAACAGGAGAGAUGAGAGAGAGCAAGCGGCUGGGCAGUUUGGUUCACCAUCUUUUUUCAUCUCCAACCACAAGCGAGCAGAUGGGGAUGCAGAGCACCUCUGGCUAUAGCGAGCCAGAGUCCCACCCCCUUUCUCAGGCCAGCCAGACAAUGUGUUUCCAACUGUGGGUUUCAUUCAUUAGUCUUUUGAAAGACAUCAAACUUGUUUCAGGAGCCCUCUGCCCAUAUUCUUGGAUGAAUUAGUGUCUGAACCUGCACUGGACAUUUAUUCUGAGAUACAGCUACUAAAUGGACCUCGUGAUGAAAUUGUUCUCCCAACAACAAUUUUAUUAACAACAACUUCAGCUUCAGUGACUGAGCGGUAGAGGCAGAGAGUGUAGAUACCGUAGACCAAUCGGAGCUGUAGUUGUUGAAAGCUAACAAAUCAUUUAAUAUGAAUCUCAAAUUAACCGUCAAUCAGUGCGUCUGCGUACAUUUCAGUAACCAGGUUAGUCAGCGAAAACCAGGUUAUGCUGGUAAUCCUGGUUACUGUAAAUCCAGUAAUCAGAUUUCUGCCCACCCCCCAACCUUACUGUGGAAGCCUGGCUUACUGAUUAACUCUAUUAGAAGACGGUCACUUAAGUGCAUGCACUGACUGACUCCAUUUAGCCUAGGAUAUGGACAGAAAACUCUAGUAUCAUGUUCUCAUGUUCUGCUUUUUUUUAAUUUUAUGAAACACUCAAAACCAUCAACGCCUGAAAAUGAAGCGGGACUUCAGCUCACUUACUGACUGAUCCUCCUCAUUUGCUGGUUGUCUCUCUCCAUUGAACGCUCAGACAUUGUGAUCACAAAAAAAAACAAAGACUUCUCUGUAUCGGCUCCUUUCUUCAUCUGUGCCAUUCAAAGAGGGAAAGAGACCCAGAUGAACUGAUAUCCCCUUGUCUGUGAAACCCUAAGCUCUCCUGGGCCUUAAAAAAAAUCCAUGGACUUCCAAGGACUCCUGACCUGUACAGAACAGUGCUUAAAGACACUUUUUUUCUUUUCGAUACCAAGGGAUUUGGUGUCGCAACCUCAAGGACAGUUAUUGCACCUCUAAAGGGAGUUGUUAAGGACACACGUCGAAGCUGGUCUUCAGUUCUCAUUUUUAAACACAUGAAUGAAGCCGAAAGUGCUGACGCAACUCUUGGGGUUUACUGGGAUUAUUAUUAUUUAUAUGAAUGUAAUGCCAUUGUUGCUUCUGUAUUUGAUUAGUAUUCUGUAGGCUAGAAAGACUUUAGGAUCAAGUGGAGUUGCUGCACUCAGUGUAACAGUAUGUUGUGUUAAGACACCCAUACUCAGUGUGGGAAUCGGCAGUGUUUUUGUACAUAUUUCCUCAUGCUAAGUUGUUUUUUGAAGGAUCUCUUCACAUCUGUUUCUCCUAAACAGUACCAUAAGAUACAUUAUAUGUGUAAAGAUUGCUCAUUGAUACACUCUGCUGUGAAGAGGCGCUGAUAUCACUGCAGUCGGACUGUUUCUGGUGAUUGUUUGAAGUACUCCUAACACAUGCAAGCAGCAAAUGAAUGUGUUUAACAUUUUGUGCCGAUCGUCAGAUGUGAAUCAUUUUACUCCUCGCAAUCGGAGCCAUGUUGGUGCUCCGCGGCCAUUUUGUGGGAAGUGUCUCGCACGCCACACUCAAUAGAUGGAGUAAUGACAGCCGGCCCGGGAACCAGCAUCCAUCAACACCCUCUGCUCCAUCUCUGUCACCUCUAUAAUGGACCAUAAUGGCAGUGUGGUGCAUGCAUCAGAAACACGCAGAGGAAUCACAUUUCUUUGAUAAAGGAGAAGGUAAUAAAUGGCUGUUAUAAAUUCUGCUGCCCUGGACCUGACGACAGCAGCGGUGUGUGUGUGUGUGCGUGCAUGCAUGUGUGUGAUGAGCUUCAUUACACAAGUCCAAUUGGCCUGUCCCAGGGUCCCAGGCACAGUUCAGUGCCUCGGCACAAAGCAAGCUGAUGAAACCGCCUUCUGCUGACAAUCAGGAGAACUAGGUCACCUCUGAAGCAGGAUCCCAGAGGGCAAGCAGUGCGAGUCCAAACACCCCGAGGAGCCGUGCACAUGGACACGUAUUGUCUAAACACACAUGACACACGACGGGCACGCUGAACGACAUGAUGUGGAGUCACCAAAACGGGGGGCAGGGGGAAGUUCACACACUACACCGGUUUUCUAUUGACUGUUUGUGUUUGUACAUAUGUGAAUGUGUUUGUGUGAAAAAAAAGAGGAAACUCCUUUUGGGGUAGAUAUCUCUGGAACAGUGUUAUCUAUAUAAUUACCCAGGGAGACUAAAUGACGGGCAGUUAUUGGAAUAUUUGUUUCCUGUCGUGAUCAAAGUGUGGUUGUGGACCUCUUAUUGUCUUCAUCAAAGUCCAGCUUUUAUUGUGAAAAUUUGAGAUGUCUGUCAGCAGACAUCAGAAUGUAUAUUUAUGCCCUUUACACAAGUCAUUGUUUUUAAUACUUCUGUGAAAAUACCUUAGCCUUUGCUGUAGAAAGAAAAAAACUUUUGAAAAAUGUCCCUUUUUGUCAAUAAAUGUGA